AUGCUGGAGAUCCGAACCGGUCGCUCGCAUGCCAGCCCAUCACAGCAAAAGAUUUGGCUUAGCGGUUACCACUGCUUGGAGGACGGAUUCUAUGGGGGAGCUCGCGAGCCUCUGACCGGCAUGUUCCUCUUUUAG